GAAGAAGAAGCGAAAAUAGCUUUUCUACUUCACUUCCUCGUCUCCUUCCUCUACGGUUUCCUCUCAAUCUCUUUCGUUAUAGCAAUUUCGAUCCGUUCGAAUUCGAAAUCCAAUCCUGAUUCUUCCUCCGUUAGGGCUUAUAAUCAACAAGAAGAACAACAAGGAGGUGAAAUGGAGACAAUGGAGAGCUUGAUUGUGACGGUGAAUAGGAUUCAGAGAGCUUGUACGGUACUCGGUGAUCACGGCGGAGACGCUGCUUUGCCUACUCUUUGGGAAGCUCUUCCCUCUGUUGUCGUAGUAGGAGGCCAGAGUUCUGGAAAGUCAUCGGUGCUGGAGAGCAUUGUCGGACGCGACUUCCUUCCUAGGGGAUCGGGUAUUGUGACUAGGAGGCCCCUAGUGUUGCAGCUACAUAAAACAGAACAAGGGAUUAAAGAAUAUGGAGAGUUCCUUCACUUGCCCAAGAAAAAAUUCACCGACUUCUCUAUGGUUCGGAAGGAAAUACAAGAUGAAACUGAAAGGAUGACUGGGAAAUCAAAACAGAUUUCUCCUGUACCAAUUCAUCUCAGUAUCUACUCACCAAAUGUUGUCAACUUAACAUUGAUAGAUCUGCCUGGUUUAACAAAGGUUGCUGUAGAGGGACAGCCAGAGAGUAUUGUUCAAGACAUAGAAAGCAUGGUUCGCUCAUAUGUUGAGAAGCCAAAUUGCAUCAUUCUGGCCAUAACUCCAGCUAAUCAAGAUAUAGCGACAUCUGAUGCUAUGAAGCUGUCUAGAGAAGUAGAUCCUGCAGGUGAAAGGACAUUUGGUGUAUUAACCAAGCUUGACUUGAUGGACAAGGGAACAAAUGCUAUAGAUGUUCUUGAGGGAAGAGCUUAUCCACUUCUGCACCCUUGGGUUGGAAUAGUAAACCGUUCACAAGCUGAUAUUAACAGAAAUGUUGACAUGAUUGCCUCUAGGCAGAAGGAGCGUGAGUUCUUUGCAACUAGUUCUGAUUAUGGACAUUUAGCUAGCAAAAUGGGCUCAGAAUAUCUUGCAAAAGUUCUCUCACAGCAUUUGGAAUCAGUAAUUAGAGCCCGGCUUCCUGGCAUUACUUCUUUAAUUAACAAAAGCAUCGAAGAACUUGAAGCAGAAUUGUCUCACCUCGGUAGAUCUGUUGCCGUUGAUUCUGGGGCUCAGUUAUACACCAUCCUAGAGUUAUGCCGAGCAUUUGAUCACAUAUUCAAGGAACACUUGGAUGGAGGGCGACCAGGUGGAGACCGCAUCUAUGCAGUUUUUGACCACCAGCUACCUGCUGCUUUAAAGAAGCUUCCAUUUGACCGUCAUUUGUCACUGCAAAACAUUAGGAAAGUAAUUUCAGAGGCAGAUGGGUACCAACCUCAUUUAAUCGCUCCUGAGCAAGGUUACCGGCGUCUCAUUGAUGGUGCACUUAGUUACUUCAGAGGCCCAGCGGAGGCUUCUGUUGAUGCUGUUCACUUUCUUUUAAAAGAGCUUGUAAGAAGGUCCAUUGCAGAAACUCAGGAGUUGAAGCGCUUUCCAACUCUCCAAGCUGAAAUUGCAGCAGCUGCAAGUGAAGCAUUGGGGAGGUUCCGUGAAGAGAGUAAGAAAACAACUUUGCGAAUGGUGGACAUGGAAUCAUUGUAUUUGACGGUGGAUUUCUUUCGGAGACUCCCCCAAGAAGUGGAGAAAGGUGAAAACCCAACUUCCUCAUCUGCAGAUAGAUACGCUGAAAGUCACUUUCGCCGCAUAGGAUCAGUUGUUUACUCUUACGUGGGGAUGGUGUCUGAUACGCUUAGAAAUACCAUUCCUAAGGCCGUGGUUUAUUGCCAAGUAAGGGAGGCCAAACAGUCCUUGCUUGAUCACUUCUAUAUACAGCUGGGUAAAAUGGAGGGCAAGCAACUGGCAAAGUUAUUGGAUGAAGACCCUGCAUUGAUGGAAAGGAGGCAACAAUGUGUGAAGAGGCUUGAGUUAUACAAAUCUGCAAUGGAUGAGAUUGAUUCAGUCUCAUGGUCCAGAUGAAACCGCCCUACUCCCCGCUAAGAGCGUUUACAUC